AAAAAUAUAUACAAUAAAAAGAGUCCAUCAGUCCCUGGGCAGGUUUUGGCCACAUAUUUACUCUGGGCCUCUCUCCCUCUGCUGCCUGCAACUAAGUGCCGGGACAUGGAGCAUAAUAGGCCCCAGCCUCUGUCUUUAGGAGGUCAUGGCUUAGUGACCUGGGUGCAGCGGAGCUUAUUGGGAGCUGAGCUGGUCACGGAAGGCUUCGUGGAGAAUGGGCCUCAAUGAUGUAAAGAGCCAAUGAACAGAUAGUGUACCUAAAAAUUAAAAUAAAUAAGUAAAUAAAGAGGCAGGAAGGGUACACUGCAUCCAGGAUGACAGCGAAAGUCUCAAACGCUGGUUCCAGAGCUCACGCCCAUAUGCCCUGUGCUCUGUGAUUGGUGUGUAGCAGGCACUAUAUAUAAUGUAUCUCAUUUAAUCCUCUUAAGAAACCUAAGGGACAUGUAUUAAUGCCCCCAUUUUGCAGGUAAGAAAACUGAGUCUGAGAAGUCAAAUGACUUACACAAAGUCACGCAGUUUAAGCAGUAAAGCAAAGAUUCAAAUCCAGAUCUGACUGUCCCCGGUGCCACCUCCAUAGAGGUGACUUUGUGCUUUUAGGGAGGAUGGCCAAGGUGUGCCAGGAUGGCACAGUGGGGACAUAGCUCAUGGCCAAUCUCAUUGCCACCGGCCCAGCAGAAAAGGAAAAACAACUUCACAAUGCCAGGCCCUGCCAUCCUGUCACUAGCAAACAGCACCCCAUCUCCUCACCCUGUGGGUUGCCUAAAUGCCCCAUCAACCUCCCUGUUCCCUCCCCGUCCCAGACCGUGGGAGUUAAAACAAACACUCCCCAGGGUUGAUUGUCAGUGGGAACCACUCACUGUCUCCCCAACCCAAGGAACGGAAACAAAGUGAGCAGGCAGAUGCUAGGUGAGGCCACACCACGAGGGGCCAGCCCCAGACACCAGAAUCUAACCAGAUAGUUGGCUUAGGGUUAAGGGCCUUUUAAAGUUUCACAGUAGAAAGGAUGUCAGGGGUCUCAAUUCCAAGCCCUGCCUAGGAAGGAAGCCCCCCUGCAGCCUCCUGAUGGCCUGAUGGUGUCUGGUGCCUGACUGUACAUACCCCCACUCCCACACCAGAUAUGUGACUCACUUCCAACACUGUGAAUUGCUUAGCCCAAAGGGCAUCUGACUUCACACUGAGCUGAGCCUAUCCUGUGUCCCUGGACCCGCCCAUUGGCCCCUGCUCUGCAUUGAGGAUCCACAGAGCCCACCUGCCCUCAGACCUGCCACAGCCCUUCAAAGGGCAAGAGGCACAACCAUGACCCUCAGGCUAGCUCUUGAUUCCAGGCCAGAGACCCAGUCCUUUCAAUUAUGUUUUACAGACCACAGUGUGGGAACCCACCCUCAUCCCUGCCACCUUCUCUCCAAUUUUUCUGUAACUUGGGAGCAUGCAGUGGCAGGCUUGUGCCAAAGGACCCAGCCCCAUCUCAUCUCUCCCCAUCUCAUCUCAUGCUUGUUGCCUGCCGCUAUGAUAUAGUCCCUGGGCCUUUGGAGUUUCUUCCAUAUCCUGGUCCUUGGCAUCUGGGCUGGGGGGUCCAUGGACAGUGCUGGACAUUUCCUGAUUCCUGGAACUCAGUCCCAGGAUCAGGGUUUUCUGUUCCCCUUGGCAGGAAUCCCACACUGAUUCCCAUAAAGCAGGGCCAGUUCUUGGUCUUCUUAAAGGCGGUGUUGGCCUAGCAGAGGCCUUGCUGGUUGCAUCUGUUCUUUCUGGCCAGAGACCUUGGUGGGUAACAGCUGGUGCAGCCUCACAGCCCAUGUGCUCAGGGCCUCAGAGCCAUGUGUGGUGCCAGUGGCCAGCUCCCCAUGAGAUGCAAACAUCAGGGGAUCCAGCUAAUACCUCAUUCCCCCUUGAGGCCUGGCCUAGACUGGGUGUGGUGUGUGUGUGUAUGUGUGUGUACUUGUUCAUCUGUCCAACCAACCAUCCAUCCAUCCAUCCAUCCAUCCAUCCAUCCAUCCAUCCAUCCAGGGAUUCAUUCAUUCUACAUGCCUAAUGUGGGCCAGGCUCAAGAGACCCAGAGAGGAGAGCCCUCUGGGAGUCCCCAGUCUGGUAAAGGAAGCAGGAGUAGGCACAGUGAGAGCACAUUAGAAACAGGCACAAUCACAGAUGGAAGCCAGGUGCUGUGGGUGCCCCAAGGAGGAAUUGCCUCGGGUGGAUUAGGGAAGCCUUCCCAGGUAAGGCUUGUAGCACAGGUAGGAGUUCAUUUGGUGCCAAUAGUAGAAGUAGUGGCCAGGUACAGUGGCUCACGCCUGUAAUCCCAGCUUG